CAGAGAGAGAGUUGAUAACCGAAAGUGGCCGCGCCGCCAGAGAACUCGAGCAUCGAGUUGUAGGCGGUUAGUGUUUGAGUGGAACGGACGCAAGUUUCGCGAGCUCUUGUGUGUGCACUUCGCAGGCGAACAACACGAUGGGGGAACAACAACCACAGUAUGAGGCGCAGAAAAAGGAGCUCUCCAAAUGGAACCAGCAACACUUGCUAACCUUCUGGCCGGAUCUUUCUGUGGUUGAGCGAGCCAAACUCCUCGAAUCGCUGCGGGAUGCGGUCGACUGUGCCUCCUUGGAUGAUGCAUUCCGCCGCGCUAUGGCAACCGCCACGUCGGCAAAAGAAGAUCUGAACGAUUUGCUCAAACCACUGGAAAAGGAAAUGCUUCUGUCGAUCGACGACGCCUCCGAAGCGGAGCUGCAGGAACUCCAGCAAGUUGGCCUCGAGCGGAUACGGGCCGGUGAGGUGGGUGUAAUAUUGUUAGCCGGUGGCCAAGGUACACGCCUCGGCUCAACGGCACCGAAGGGCACGUACGAUGUGGGGUUGCCGUCGGGAAAAUCGUUGUUUCAACUGCAAGCCGAACGCAUCCGCAAGCUGGAACAAUUGGCCGGCCCGGGCGCACGUAUCCCGUGGUUCAUAAUGACCAGCGAACAUACGCACCGGGAAACGAUCGAAUACUUCCAGGCCAACGACUACUUUGGCUUACCGGUAGAACAAGUGGUCCUGUUCCGCCAGCGCAGUGUGCCGUGCGUCGAUCUGGCAGGUCGCAUUCUGUUGGACGACAAAUGGAAAGUAGCCACCGCACCCGAUGGCAACGGGGGCAUCUACCGUGCGCUAAAGGACGAAGGCAUACUGGACCGGCUGGAACGGGACGGGGUGCGGUUCCUGCACGCCCACAGCGUCGAUAACAUACUGAUCAAGGUUGCGGAUCCGGUUUUCGUGGGCUACUGCGUUCGCAAGCGAGCCGACUGCGGAGUGAAAGUGAUCGAGAAGGUGGAGCCCAACGAAGCGAUCGGCGUUUUGUGCGACGUCAAGGGAAAGUAUCAGGUGGUCGAGUACAGCGAGCUAUCGCACGAGACGGCCAAUCGAAGGAACUCGUCGUCCGAUGGAAAGCUCACGUUCAAUGCGGGCAACAUAUGCAAUCACUUUUUCACCACCGAAUUUCUACGCCGAAUCGCGGACACUACGAUGCCACUGCACGUGGCAAAGAAGAAAAUUCCUUACGUCGACACCGUCGAGGGGUCGGCAACAUGGGGGCAGCGCCUGAAGCCGAGCACCCCGAACGGUAUCAAGAUGGAAAAGUUUAUAUUCGACGUGUUUCCGCUGGCGGAACGGUUCGUCGCACUGGAGGGUCGGCGGGAGGAAGAGUUCAGUGCCCUUAAGAACAGCGAUUCGGUGGGCUUCGAUUGCCCAUCGAGCGUUCGGGGCGAUAUCUAUCGACUGCACCGGAAGUGGCUUAUCAGUGCCGGAGCACUAGAAGUAGUGAGCGGUGGUCCCGAAGAAACCGUCUGCGAAAUUGCACCCCUUCUAUCGUACGCCGGCGAAGGGUUGGAGGAAAUGGCUCGGGGCCACAGCUUUCACUGCCCCGUGCAUCUGACCGCCGUCGAUGAGCCAUAAAGCCUCAGAAUACGGUCGACUAGAUGAUACGGGGUCGAUAAGUAAAACACCAAUCAGUAAGGUGGUUCUUCAACAACCUUUUAAAGCCGCUUUUCAAGUGUACAAGUGCGUCUUGAUCUGCAUCCACAUAAUGAAUCUAUCUUCGUACGCUACUUAUUUUAAUUAUCUGUUUUAAAUUCAAACAACAGUGAGUUGUUCAGAUUAGCAUUUUAAAAACGAUUCACGCGUAUCUCAAUAUUGAACAAACAACUCGAUUAUUUUUGUUCCAGAACGGGGGAAUGGCAACACAAACAUUCCGUGACAAUCACAAUCAUCAAGUGUGCAUGGUGCACGCAUGUAUGUCAUGAUUGUUUUGCUUUUUGAACGCCUACAUCACAGUAACCUACGACGUUAAUUGCGCAAGAAAUUAUACAAUAACGAAGCUUCGCGGGAAUACGAAGAAUCUUUGGUAGUGCUCCAUAAUAUUGCGCCCAAUUCCUUAUUUGGUUAGUUUAGUUUUAAUUUGAAUUUGUUUCUACCAUAUUUAGGGGCCGCUACGCUUCUCGUUAUGCUUUCUAGGCAAUUUGUUCCAACUUGUAUUGUUCGACGGCUGGAUA